AUGCCGACAAAGAUAGAUAUAUACUGGCUCAUCCAUUACCAAAAUAGGAGGGUACAGCCAUUUGAAACCUACCAGCAAGCAAACAGGAUCAAAGGUGACCGCUCCUUCCUCUGCAGUGACGGGUCGUAUAGGUUAGUGCGAGAGGUUCGGGAAGGCUUAAGUCUUCCGGAGUUCCACGAGAAUCUAAUAGACCAAAAGAAGAAGAAGAAGAAGAAGAAGAAGAAGAAGAAGAAGAAGAAGAAGAAGAAGAAGAAGAAGAAGAAGAAGAAGAAGAAGAAGAAAAGACAGCGCUGGGGAACAAAAUCAGGACAGGUCAAGAAUAUGAUAAAUCAAAAGACUCUAGGUUCGAUGACAAGCUGA